AUGAAGAAAAUCACAUCACCCCUUAUCUAUGCUGUUUCCGUUGCUGCCAUUGGAUCUCUCCAGUUUGGGUACAAUACUGGUGUCAUCAAUGCUCCUGAGAAGAUCAUCCAGAGGUUCUUCAACAGAACCUUGUCAGAACGGAGCGGGGAGGCUGCCUCCCCAGAGCUCCUUACCUCUCUGUGGUCCCUUUCUGUGGCCAUCUUCUCGGUAGGAGGUAUGAUCGGCUCUUUCUCAGUCAGCCUGUUCGUCAACAGAUUUGGCAGGAGGAACUCCAUGCUACUGGUGAACAUCUUGGCCUUUGCUGGUGGCACUCUCAUGGGCUUCUCCAAGAUGGCAAAGGCAGUGGAGAUGCUGAUCAUUGGCCGCUUCAUUAUUGGCCUCUUCUGUGGUCUCUGCACUGGCUUUGUGCCCAUGUACAUCAGUGAGGUCUCGCCCACCAGCCUUCGUGGAGCCUUUGGCACCCUCAACCAGCUGGGCAUUGUUGUGGGCAUCCUGGUGGCCCAGAUCUUUGGCCUGGAGGGAAUCAUGGGGACUGAAGCACUUUGGCCACUGCUUUUGGGGUUCACAGUCCUCCCAGCAAUCCUGCAGUGCGUGGCUCUUCUCUUCUGCCCUGAAAGCCCCCGUUUCCUAUUGAUCAACAAAAUGGAGGAAGAGAAAGCACAAGCAGUUCUCCAGAAGCUCCGUGGCACACAAGAUGUGUCGCAAGACAUCCUGGAGAUGAAAGAGGAGAGUGCUAAAAUGUCUCAGGAAAAGAAAGCAACUGUGCCAGAGCUCUUCCGUUCUCCAAGCUACCGUCAAGCCAUUAUCAUUGCCAUCAUGCUGCAGCUCUCCCAACAGCUCUCGGGCAUCAAUGCUGUAUUCUAUUAUUCUACAGGGAUUUUUGAAAGAGCUGGUAUCACACAGCCUGUGUAUGCUACCAUCGGAGCUGGUGUGGUAAACACAGUCUUCACUGUUAUAUCGCUGUUCCUGGUGGAGCGUGCAGGGCGCAGGACCCUCCAUUUAGUUGGUUUGGGUGGCAUGGCUGUGUGUGCUGUUCUCAUGACUGUCGCUUUAGCUCUGAAGGACGUUGUGGAGUGGAUCAGAUACAUCAGCAUCGUUGCCACUUUUGGCUUUGUGGCUCUUUUUGAGAUUGGCCCUGGCCCUAUCCCCUGGUUCAUAGUGGCAGAACUCUUCAGCCAGGGCCCACGGCCUGCAGCCAUGGCAGUGGCUGGUUGUUCCAACUGGACCGCUAAUUUCUUGGUGGGAAUGCUCUUCCCCUAUGCAGAGAAACUAUGUGGCUCCUAUGUCUUCCUUAUCUUCCUUGUUUUCCUGGUCAUCUUCUUUGUCUUCACGUUCUUCAAAGUGCCGGAGACCAAGGGCAGGACUUUUGAAGACAUCUCCAGGGGCUUUGAAGGACGAGCAGGAGCCAGCCCCACAUCACCUGUAGAGAAGAACCCCAUGGUAGAGCUGAACAGUGUACACCCUGACAAAGAAGUUGCCUAA